CUUGAGAGUUUUUUGAGAAAACAAAAUAUUCCUAUGGGUAAUGUGAACGCAGUGGGUCCGAACGAAGUUUUAAUUAUUAACGGAGGAUGUAGAUAUCCAAGGAAGAAGAUAAUAGCCGGAGGAGGUUGGGUUUGGACCUGGUACGUUGGUAACAAAGUACAAAAGAUGUCAUUGGCUUUGAUGACACUCACACCUACUUGUGAAAAAAGUGAGACCUUUCAAGGAGUUCCCUUAGUAGUUUCUGGUGUUGCGCAGUGUAAAAUAUCCAGCGAAACGGAACUGCUUAAAUUAGCGGCUGAACAGUUUCUUGACAGGAGUAUGAAGCAGAUCGCUACUGCCAUCGAGUUGACGCUGGAAGGCCACCUAAGGGCGAUCGUAGGCUCGCUCACAGUCGAAGAAAUUUAUAAAGAUCGUGUAAAAUUCGCAAACGCUGUCAGAGAAAUCGCUGCUUCUGACCUUGCCAAAAUGGGAAUAGAAAUUGUCACCUUUACUAUAAGAGAUAUACAGGAUACGGUCAGCUACCUUUCAUCCUUGGGCAGGACGCAGAUCGCACGGGUGAUGCGAGAUGCCAAUAUUGGCGUAGUUGAAGCCGAGAGGGAUGCGAAAAUGAAGGAAUCGCAAUGUGAGAGGAUCGCCAUGGCUGCCAAAUAUGAUUCUCAAACUAAAAUUGCCAACAAUUUUAGAAUUUAUGAACUUCGAACACUGACUUAUAACAUCGAAGUGAAUACAGCACAAGCCAUAGCUAAUCUCGCUUACAAACUUCAAGCGGCUAAAAUUCAACAAAGAAUAACAAAAGAAGAAAUUGAAAUAGAUGUGAUUAGCAAACGAAAAGAAGUAGAGAUAUCUAAUUAUGAAAUAAAAAGAAAAGAGAUGGAAUUAAAUGCAGAGGUCAGGCUGAUUACCGACGCUGAGAUUUACAGCAGGAAAAUGAAAGGGCGAGGAAAUAGCUACAAAAUCAGACAAACAGCGCUCGGCGAAUCUGCUAAAAUCACUAAUAUUGGGUUAGCAGAGGCUUACAAAUUGGAAAUGAUUGAAACAGCAAAGGCAGAAAGGAACAAGAUGAGAGCCAUUGUACUCCAGGAAUAUGGAGACGCAGCCGUGACUAAAAUGAUUCUAGAAGUACUUCCAAAGAUCGCAGCCGAGAUUUGUGCACCUCUGGCAAAAACCGGUGAUAUUGUCCUCCUAAACAGCAAAGAUCAACAUUGGAUGUCAAAUCGCCAUCCUAUGCAAAGCCCUCCUUUCUUGAACGGUAAUGAUAUUUCUAGAUUCCACAACGGCCCUAUUAAAUAACAUCUUGGACAAAACAAAUGGAUAUUUGAUCUCUUUAACCAACGAUAAUGUUAUGUUUGUUACAAAAAAUUUAUAUUCGUUUGGCCUUGGAAGGCAAUCUACUACAACACCAAGAACCAAUAUUCAAAG